ACAGAGCACUCCAGGGUCAGAGACCAUUGAACACUGCACCGUGAGAUCACAAACAUUGGAGAAACUGCAUCAUGAAUACACUGUCUCAAGCCAAUGGUACCUUUGCCAUCCAUCUUUUGAAGGUGCUCUGUCAAGACAACCCUUCAAAAAAUGUGUGUUAUUCUCCUAUGAGCAUCUCCUCUGCUCUAGCCAUGGUUCUCUUGGGUGCAAAGGGAGACACUGCAGUCCAGAUAUGUCAGGCACUUCAUUUAAACCCAGAUGAAGAUGUCCAUCAGGGCUUCCAGUUGCUUCUCCAUAACCUGAACAAGCAAAACAACCAAAAGUACUGCCUUACUGUGGCCAACAGGCUCUUUGUAGAAAAUACUUGUGAAUUACUUCCAAUAUUUAAGGAGUCCUGUCUUAAAUUCUAUCACUCUGAGAUGGAGCAGCUCUCUUUUGCUGAAGCUGCAGAGGAGUCCAGGCAACACAUAAACAUGUGGGUCUCCAAACAGACUAAAGGUAAAAUUCCAGACUUAUUGUCAAAAGACUCAGUUGAUUCACAGACCAGGUUGAUUCUUGCCAAUGCCUUAUAUUUCCAUGGGACAUGGUGUAAACUCUUUGAAAAAGAUAGCACCAAGGAAAUGCCCUUUAAGAUAAACAAGAAGGAAACAAGGCCAGUGCAGAUGAUGUGGCGGGAAGACACCUUAUCCCAUGCCUAUGUGAAGGAAAUCCAGGCACAAGUGCUAGUGAUGCCCUAUGAGGGCAUAGAUUUGAAUUUCGUGGUCCUACUCCCAGAUGAGGGUGUGGACAUCAGCAAGGUGGAAAACAAUCUCACUUUUGAGAAGUUAACAGCCUGGACCAAACCAGACUUUAUGAAUCGCACUGAAUUUCACGUUUAUCUUCCAAAAUUUCAACUACAAGAGAAUUAUGAUAUGAAUUCCCUGUUACAACAUUUGGGAAUUUUGGACGUCUUCGAUGGAAGCAAGGCUGACUUAUCAGGAAUGUCUACUAAGGAAAAUCUGUGUCUGUCCAAGUUUGUUCACAAGUGUGUAGUAGAGGUCAAUGAAGAAGGAACAGAGGCUGCUGCAGCCUCUGCUGUAAAAUUUAUAUUUUUCUGUUCAGGUCCUGAUCCCCAAACUUUCUGUGCUGACCACCCCUUCCUUUUCUUCAUCAUGCACAGAACAACUAACAGCAUCCUGUUCUGUGGCAGAUUCUCAUCUCCAUAAGGCAUAUUUUUAUGGGGGUAGAGUUCUCUCUUUUCAACUCUACCAGUCCCACUGCUCUGUGAGGAUUGACAAGUGGGUGGAAAACAUGUUCCAAGAUGAAGGAUAUUUCAUCUUUUCAUUCUGAUCUAGUGAUGCCCACAUUCAGCUCUCCCUACCCUGAUAUUAAUUUGUGUCCUUUGCCAGGACAGAUGACAAAAGAAUGUUAUGGAUUCCUUUAUAGUUUAGAAGGCAAAGAUAAUCCUCAAGAUAACCUACAAUGAUAUUUAAAGUAACCCUAAAUAAACCUCCAGUCAGUCCACAGAGAAACAAUGCCAUCAAAAUACAUUGUCUUUUCCUGGAACCACAACACUUGCCCUCACUUGCCUUAUUCUGAUUUUAUCCUAACAAAUGCUUCUCUGGGUGAGGACUGCCACUUUUAUUUUCUUGUUAUCUGUUCUGUAUGCACAAUUGAAAUUCAUUUUCCUUUCUGCCCACAACUCACCAGGUAUGUUCCCAAUACUAUGCUAGUUUGGGAACAGGUGCAGAGAGUCCUCUAACAAAUGGCCAUUUCUAUCUGUUUUCAAUAUAUUUAAGUGUCAUAACAAAUAGUUUGGACUACCAAAUGCCCUCCAUGCAAAAGUCAUGCUUCUACAAACUACCAUGAUUCUCUAAAACUAAACAUAAUAGUUAAAUUCUCUCAAGUCUUCAAAUGCAUUUCAAAAUAAAUUUUUUAUCACAAAA